AUGAGCGGAAAUCUUUACUUAUCAGAUUAUUGGAAUCAAAGAGUCUUGAAAUUUAAUGCUGAAGAUGCCACAGGGGAUACUGUAGCAGGCGGAAAUGGUCCGGGUAACGCUUUUAAUCAAUUGGACCACCCAAUGGGCAUUUUCAUAGAUUCCAAUACAGGCAAUAUUUAUGUAGCAGACAUGUACAAUCAUCGGAUUCAACUAUGGUAUCCGGGCGCAUUUACAGGUGUCACAGUGGCAGGAGGCAACGGAAUGGGAUCGAAUUUGAAUCAACUUCAUAAUCCAACAUCAGUAAUUUUAGAUGCUGAAUCGAAUGUGUAUAUCAGUGAUAUGGGCAACCAUCGUGUAGUGAAAUGGUUCAGUCAUACAACAACAAAUGUAAUAUUAGUUGCAGGUCAGAGUCAUGGAAGUGGUGCCGAUGAAUUAUCAUUUCCAAGCUCAUUGCAAUUCGAUCGAGAUGGUAAUUUGUAUGUUGCCGAUAGUAACAAUCAUCGCGUACAAAAAUUUAUGAUUAAUAAUGGACCAUCCAUUGAUAGUAAUGUUUGGACAUAUGGUGGCACUACUAAUGGUACUCGACAAUAUUGUAUAUUUCCAUUUAUUUACCAAGGUAACUUGACGAGUAGUUGCAUUAAAACUGAUCAACCACCAACAACAGUAACCGAUUUAUCGACUGAUCCUUGGUGUUCAUUAACCUCUAAUUUUGACCAAGACAACCAAUGGGGCUAUUGUGAUUUAGGAGUGACACCAUCGACGUUAAGUGAUAUUUGCUCGGGAAAAUCACAACAAUUGAAAUGUCCAUCAGGUUAUGUAAUUGAUAUUGUUACAGCUGUUUAUGGAGUUAAGGAUACUUUAACUACUAAUUGUUCCUAUGAUCCCGGUGAUUGUUUCCAGAAUGACGAUUCUACGACUAUUGUAGUUUGUGCAGGGAAAAAUUCGUGUCUAGUUUAUUAUUUUGAUAAAACAUUGACAUUAUGUCACAAUCGUAAAUCGACCUAUUUACAUUUGAAUUACACAUGUGUGCCAAAUACUGUCCCUGAUAUCAGAGAAUAUAAUAUAUGUUAUGAUCUGUUUAUACAGCCAACAAACGAAGAACCAGUGAAACGUGGAUAUAUCGUGUCACCCAAUUCCUCAAAUUCAUCAUCGAAUAUGAAUUGCUCAUUGACAAUUCAACCAUUGGAUAAACAAGAUGUUUAUGUCUAUUUACUUGAUAUGCAAUUGACCAUGCCGCUGCUAGGACAGAUAUGUGAGAAAGAUAAAUUUAUGCUAAUAUACGAUAAUGCAACAAAUGAAAUAUGUGGACGUUCUCACACAAAGUUUCUUUUCAAAACAUGUUCAACGUUAAUACUACAAUUAAUAAUAUCCAGUUAUUCAAAUGGUAAAGGUAUAAAAUUAUAUUUUGAAUUCAUCGAUCGUCCAUCAGGUACAAUACAUUCUACAGUUCCAACGGCGAUAUCAACAGAAAAAUCACCACUAUUGACAACACCAUCAGCGAAUCCGGAUUAUUAUCCAAACAUAUCUCUAAUACAAACAGGCACUUCGCAGUUAACAUAUGGUUCAUUAAUGACGUCCACGUGA